GAUGGGACCAUGGUUUCGUUUUUAAGAGCCGAGCACUGCAGCACAACUUCCCCUUUGUGUGCUUUGUGCUGCCCUGCAUGGGAGACCUCCAAGCCUGGGCUCAGCCCUCUUCCCGCGAAAUUGCACCCUUACUGCUGGGACAAGGUCUUGUACGAGCUUCUGGAGAGGUACUGAAAGAGAGAAUAUUUACCAGGAGUGAUUAAAGACAAUGGAUCCAGACUUUUUAAAUGCCUUUACACAGCCUUCUACACUUGAUCAAUUCCUAACUGAAGACAUCAUCGCUAAAGGCGAGAAGAGGAAACUCAUAAAACCGACCUCAAGCAACAACCCCAAACUGGAAGAAUUGAAGCUGUUCUUGACCGAGUGGAUCAACAGAACUCUGAAAGAGGAACACAUAGUAGUUAAAAGUCUGGAGGAAGAUCUGUAUGAUGGGCUGGUACUUCAUCAUCUCCUGGAAAACUUAGGAUCUCUCAAGCUGGAUGUUGAGAAGAUUGCAUUAACAGAAAAAAAACAGCGAAAGAAACUCUCAGUGAUUCUGGAAGUUUUGGCCAAGUGUUUGCAACUGGAAGAAAGUCAGCUGAAAUGGAGUGUGGAAUCUAUCUUGGCAAAGGACUUACUGAGCACAUUGCAUCUUCUGGUUGCAAUAGCAAAGCACUUUGAACCCACCCUGGCUCUGCCUCCAAAUGUUCAAGUGGAGACAAUCACCAUCGAGACCACUUCCAGAGGAUUAAAGACAUCCAAUGCGGUGGAAUAUAUCACAGAAAACAAAGAGAAUAUAGAAGCGCAGUCAAGUAAGUGCUGGCAUUGCCAAGAAGAUUAUGCCUUUGAUGAAUUACUUAGCUGUGCUCCAGAUAAACUGGAUGCUACAAAAAAGGCACUUUUGCAAUUUGUUGACCAGCAUGUUGGAAAAUUAGGAUUAAAUGUGAAAGACAUCAAAUCUCAGUUUUCAGAUGGGGUUAUCUUACUUCUCCUAAUUGGACAACUAGAGGGUUACUUUCUGAAUUUAAGGAAUUUCUUCCUGACUCCAGCCAGCACCAUGGAAAUGCUCCACAAUGUUAACCUGGCACUGGAAUUGCUAGCAGAGGGAGGCCUUCUGAAUUUUUCUGUGAACUCUGAAGGACUGAUAAGAACUAUAGCAUCCCAUUGUGAGAGGCUCCGCCCAGAGGAAAGACCCAAGAAUUCUAGCCAGAUAUAAUCUUGAGAUUCUGGAACAUCAGCAUGGCUUUCUCAACUGGAUUUUCCCAGAGAAAAGCUGCACCUUCGACUAGACCUUCAGAGGAAGACUACACCUUUCUACAGGAUCCCUGCUCCAACAGAACCACAGCUGACACUUCAGGAGGACUGCAGCCACAAUUCCAAUUGGACUGCUACCAAUACGCCGACCAAAAGGGUGUCAGGUUGUGUUCUGACUCUGUCAGCGUUGUUUUAGUUUACUGCAUUUGUUGAAUUGUGUUCUCAUAUGUUUUAGUUGCAUUAAGUUGUACUUUGGUUUGUCCAAGUUUCUCCCCAUUAUAAUGGUUCUGCCCCUGC